UUGUAACCAGUAAUCAGUAGCCAGUAGUAUCAUGAGUAUCAUCGCACCAUAAAAAAUUACUGAACCACUAUCCAUUUCCAUUACCCUCAACCACCAAUAAACCACCAUCAGUUGGUAACACCAUGUUGAGGACACAGUACGUAAGAUCUCUUAGAAGUGUGCGAGCUUAUUCAUCUACUAAGACUGGCUCAGUUCUUUCUACUAAGUCUGUUCAGACCAUACAAGGAAUUGAAAAAUUCCCCACCAACUCCACUAUCUUCUCGUUGAUUCAACCUACAGGAAAAAUACAUUUAGGGAACUACUUAGGAGCCAUUAGAUCAUGGAAGGACUUAUCAGAAAUCGAAUCUGAAGGUACUCGGUAUUUGUUUGGUACAGCUGAUCUUCAUGCCAUCACCGUACCUAAACAAGCUCAACAAUUAAAACAAUAUCGAGUGGAGGCUAUAGCAAGUUUAAUAGCCAGUGGACUUGAUGUUACUAAAUGUACAUUAUUUCAUCAGUCGUCAGUUCCAGAACAUACUGAAUUGAAUUGGUACUUAACCACAAUCACCAGUAUGGGUAUGUUGAAUCGUAUGACUCAAUGGAAACUGAAAGCUAAUCAAGAAGAAUCCAGUAGUAUCUUUGAAGAAAAAGUACUUGAAAAGACAAAAGCUGGUUUACUAUGCUAUCCAGUUCUUCAAGCUGCUGACAUCUUAAUCUACCGUUCAACUCAUGUCCCAGUUGGGGAUGAUCAAUCACAGCAUCUUGAAUUAACUCGGAAUAUUGCUUCAAGUUUCAACCACGUUUUUGGUAAAGAUUACUUCCCAAUCCCUAAGACAUUACUCACCCCUGCUAAGAAGAUCCUUUCACUUAGGAAUCCAAGUAAGAAAAUGUCGAAAUCAGAUCCAGAUCAGAAUUCUUGUGUAUAUGUAACUGAAUCUCCUGAUGAGAUUGCAAAGAAAAUACGGAAAGCAACUACAGAUUCAAUUCAAGGUAAAUUAUAUUAUGAUCCAGAACAGAGACCAGGAGUUAGUAAUCUUAUUAAUAUUAUAUCGGGAUUAACUAGGAAAUCAAUUGAUGAUACAGUCACAGAUUUACAAUGGGUUAAAGAUCAUAAACAGCUUAAAGAUCAAGUUACUGAACUUUUAGUAGAAGAAUUCAAUCCAAAGAGACAUUUAUAUGAGCAAUUACUUAAUGAUAAGCCAUAUCUUGAUAAGAUUUGUAGAGAAGGGACAGAUAAAGCUAGAGAGAUUGCUAGUGUGAAUAUUGGACAAAUAAGAGCUCUUAUAGGGUUAGAUUAGUUAGAGUUACCUGUACAUAGAGAAUAGAACUUGUAAAUAUUAGAAUUAGGAGUGUAGUCAAGACAUUUUUACAACUAUAUAUAUAUUAUAUAUAUAUAUAUUAUCAUAAGCUAUUUCACAU